AUUUUCUAAAUGGGUUGUACUCCUUCAAAUCUUUCUAUCAAUGAGCCUUAAUUGAAACCUCAAAGAAAAAUUGCAAGGAAUCAGCACUAGUUAACAGACAUAUAGUAAAAUAUCGAGAAACAUCUCAAACAACAAUUGGGACAUCACAAAAGAACGACUACAUCAUCACCUAAUACUAUAAUAACAUCUACACGUAUAUUUUGAUCUAACAAUUUAGGAAGCUCAAGAAUCGCAGACCAAAUAGUUGAUAUGUCAAAGUCUACCACUCUUUUUUAAAUAGAUUCGGUUUCUCAACCACUCUAAAGAAGAUCUUUGUAAUGAUUAUAUAUGUAUAUUAUGU